CGGCGGAAGAGCCCGCCCGGGGAAGGCAGCAAGCAGGCGGCGGGCGAGGCCAGUGGGCGCCCCGGAGAGCCCGUGUGCAGACUGUCCCGAGGCGGGCUUACUCAGGAAGUCGCCCCCCGCACCCCGUGGCGCUUACUCUCGAGUAAAAGGUGGACCUGAAAGAUGACCACGCUGACCCGGCAGGAUCUCAACUUUGGCCAAGUUGUUGCUGAUGUACCACUGGACUUGGAAGUGGCAAUGUCCAAUUUCAUUCUUGAACCCGAAGUCUAAUUCCUUUACCUGGGAUUUGUGAAGAGGAAAAAAGGCAACACACCUGUCCAGGGUGAGAGUUUUAUGUCUUGCCAUCCAGAGUUGAAUCAAUAUAUCCAAGACACCCUGCAUUGCAUCAAACCCCUCCUGGAAAAGAACGACGUGGAAAAAGUUGUGGUGGUCAUCCUGGACAAAGAGCACCACCCGGUGGAGAGGUUUGUGUUCGAAAUCACGCAGCCGCCCCUGUUGUCAAUCAGCUCUGAUUCCCUCCUGAACCACGUGGAGCAGCUGCUGCGUGCUUUCAUCCUGAAGAUCAGCGUGUGCGAUGCAGUCCUGGAUAACAAUCCACCAGGCUGUACUUUCACAGUCUUGGUCCACACAAGAGAAGCUGCCACCCGGAACAUGGAAAAAAUCCAGGUGAUCAAGGAUUUCCCCUGGAUCCUGGCAGACGAGCAAGACGUCCACAUGCAGGACCCGCGGCUGAUCCCUUUGAAAACGAUGACGUCAGAUAUUCUGAAGAUGCAGCUUUAUGUAGAGGAGCGAGCUCAGAAAGGCAGCUGAAUCCCACGCUUCUUGUUGUGCUGAGACGUGCCCCCGAGAUCAGCAGGCAAGCAGACUCUCGAGGGGCCAGAGACCACAGGUGCUAAGACUGCCCCCUCUCCUCCCCGGCACAUGUGUGCAGGUGUUUUUCAAAAGCGCUCUUACCACAGCCUGUAGAAGAACCAUCUGUACAGCCAUCAGUGAGUUUGUAUGACUGUGUGUGGGGUGUGUAUAAUAAGUUUCUCGGCAGCUGUAAGGACUCAUUUUAAGUGUGUGUGGAAUGUGGAGUUGCAUUCUGUGUCUUUUACAAGUCUUCAACAGCCCCCCCUAGUUUCUAACUCUUUCAUGGUUCUGAAAUUCCUGGGGGAGGUUCAGAGUAUCAGUGUCUGUUUUUGCAUGGCUGUGCCUGUCCAAGGUUGUCCGCUCGGCCACCGCCCGGCCUUGUACGGAGCCCUUGGGCACAAGAGUAGCACUUCUGGGUGAUCAAUAAACAAAAUGUUUUCUACAAUAAA